AUGGACUCUGGCCUAGCGUCGAGUGACCCAGCGGUGUGGGUCCCAGUGGCUCCGACGGUCGUGUGCCGUGACUGCCGUGCGCAGCUUUCAGUAGAAGAAAGUGAAGACCAUGACUGUUCCACAGCGCCACCCUCUCCAACGAAAGUGAUGCUCUUGAAGACUGCUGCUCGAGCAAGCUCCAUUAUCGAUGCCAUCAUGGAUACUUCGCCUGCUGCCACAGCAAUUCCCCCAAUACAAAAUGCCCUGCUCCAGUGCAACGUGCGCAACGUGCGAGUCACCGAUACCCAAGUCGCUGUGUAUUCACUAGCUACGCGAAUUCCUUCCCUAACGGCGUCCGAGAUCACGGUUGAGCGGCGUUUCCGCGAGUUCUACGUGUUCGCGCUGCACGUUUGUGCGAUGUUCCCAUCGGCAGGACUGUGGAAGUUGUUGCCACCCAAGACGUACUGCGCCUUGCGACGUCAAAUGACUCUGACGGACGGCUUCCUUCACCGUCGCAAGAGUGGACUUCAGGAUUUCGUUCACUGCGCGCUGGAGAAAAUGGUGUUGGGAGGUGAGGCCCAAGGAACCAUCGCGCAAUGGUAUUUGCUGCGUCUGUUUCUAAACCUCCCUCCAGCACCGCCUUCCGUUGCACCCUCCAAGGACAGGAGCCUUACUGCAGCAUUGAACGAGCUGAAAAAACAUGCCCGCCAAUACAGCGGGUGGACGGUAAAUCGCAAGCCAGGACCCUGCGACACAGUCUUCGAAAAGGUGGCCGAUAGUUUCCACAUGGUUAAAUGUGUCACGACGUGCCACUUUCCAGCUCGAGCAGUUUUUGACAUGGUGAUGAAUCGAAGUGUGGACGACGAGAUACCGGGGCACGGAGUCGGGAUGUCGUGGGCUCCGUUUGUCGAGAGUGAAGAGGUGCUCAGUCGUGAAAAUGAGAACACGUGGACUGUCCGGACAGUCUUCAAGGGUAGCAGUUGGGGUCGCGGCAAGCUGCAAAUGAUUUCGCGAAAAACGUGGAGGGUGGACGAGAGCGGUACGAUUUCUAUCGUCAUGAUACCCGCUGAUGCCGCAGCUUGGCAAGACCCUCGAGUUCUCGGAUCGUGUCACGGAUCUCGCGUUGACUGUAUUCUCGGGGGAUGGCUGAUCACCCCGACUCCAUGGGAAGGCUCUUGCAGUGUCACGUGGCUAAUGCAAGUCAAUUUCGGGCAAUGCGAUCCGCGCGCCGAGUUCACAGGAAACCAAUGUCGCCUCGCCUCGUUCCUGGAUCGCCGGUGCCUUCACGCGUGGGCCGACGAAAUUAUUUACUUGGUCCAGGCACUUGAGCGGGUGUACGAUCCAGACCACUACCGCACACUGGGCCCACUGGUUGCGACCAAGCCAGGAGCAUCUCAAUCACCACACUAG